CCGCAUCACUCCCUCUCGAUCUCCUGCUGCGGACAUUGAUUGCUAAGAAGAUAGCAGCGUAAGGACAUUCCGUCUCUAUCCCAAUAGCUGAAUGCUUAUAUGCAAUUAUAACAGGGUACCUUACAGCUUUAACACCAACAACUCACUCCGAAGUCUUCGCGCUAUAAGCGGUCAGUUGAAAGAGUUGGAUGGCGAAUCUCGUUUGUAGUUCAAUCCGACAACUCUUCCUAAACCACAGCGUCUACGAGUGGUUCGUCGUCAUCUUGCUACAUAAACACGUAGACAUUAGGCCGACAGAGCGUCUAGUUAAGUACAGGUACACUUCAAGCCCGUGGGAAGUCGGCGACGCUACUAACCAUGUCAUCGACAAGUAUUAAGGCACUAUCCUCCUACGGUCGUUCCGGCUAAUAGAAGGAAAUCUUGUCCCUUAUGAAUCCGGGUACUUACAGGAAAGACCCUACUCGGCCUUAAGGGGCGGAAAGGGAUGGCCAGUUCUUCCAGGGGCUCGGAAUCUCCUGAUAAAAUAUCAGCUUGAUUGGGUCCUUGGCCUCCGUGACUUGGAUCAGCUUGAUCCGCAACUGAACGUCGAGGUAACUAAAGGCAAGGCUAAUAUUAUAAUGCCGCAAGGCAGUGUUCUAGAGAGCGAGCUUAUUCCGGCGGUUUGGAUCUUUUGACUCGAUAAUGAUAAUAGAUGCAACUGCUGUAAGUACUGCUAUAGAUACUUAAAGGGUAAGCAUACCGGC